GAUCGCGCCUGCGCGGUGCGAAGAGGUCACCCUGAGACCGCGCCUGCGCGUCGCCUCCAAGGGCCCGUGUAGAGGCCAUGGAGCCCGCGGCGCCGCCGAGCGAGCUGGUGUCGGCGGAGGGCCGGAACCGGAAGGCGGUGCUGUGCCAGCGCUGCGGCUCCCGCGUGCUGCAGCCGGGCACGGCGCUCUUCUCCCGCCGGCAGCUCUGCCUCCCGCCCAUGAGGAAGAAGCCGGCGCUGGCCGACGGCGGCAGCCCUGAGGGCGACCUUCUGCAAGACCACUGGCUGGUGGAGGACAUGUUCACUUUCGAGAACGUGGGCUUCACGAAGGACGUGGGCAACAUCAAGUUCCUGGUCUGCGCAGACUGCGAGAUCGGCCCCAUCGGCUGGCACUGCCUGGACGACAAGAACAGUUUCUAUGUGGCCUUGGAACGGGUUUCUCAUGAGUGACUGCGGGGAGGGGACUCAGCUUCACCCCCACUAUAAAAGCU